CCGAUUGGGGCUUCUUAUUUUUAACCCUCGAGGCGCCGAAGUGAGGGGGGGGCGAGGAGGGGGCCGCGUCUGGCCUUCGCAGCCCCUCCGAUAGAGGCGGGCUGUCUUGAGACUGACAAUGAGCCGUCAGCGUCUGUUGCCAGACGGUUUUGUUUAGGCUAGACGGGAGCCGAGGUCUGGGAGGAGGGGAGAAGGAGGGUUGAGCUCUGCCCCUCCUGGCCGACUCUCGAACAGGUACACACACAGACACACACGCACACAAAAGCAAUGGAGUCCAGCUUGGGUUGACGUCGCCUUCAGCUCUGGUGCCGAUUCUGGUGGGGGUGGGCGUCUUGGAGCGGGGCUGGGUGGGUGGGUUUCGAGUUUAGCCUUUGUUUUCUAAGCUUUUGCCCCGGCAGGUUAUAAAUAGACCUGUUCAGAGGCUGUGUCAAGGAAGGACAAGUGCCAGAGAGAGAGACUGGCUGUGUUUGGCCCCCCCCUCCCCCCAGCAGACUGCUGCUUGCCACUGCAAUGAAUGCCAAGAGGAGGCCUAGGUGCUGCGUAUUCUUGUGAGCUGUUAAGGAAGAAGGGCUGGAUUUCAUUUUUUAUGAUUCCUACAAAAGAAGGAGAGAGCAGAUCUAGUUGGAAGGCAGCAUCGGUGAGACGACACUGCAGGGUGGGGAAAGACACUCAAUCAAGGCUUUUUUAAAACUGAGAACUGUGUUGGUGAAGAACCACAACAUUGGACUGAAAAUGAAGCCCGACCGAGACACUAUAGAUGAGUACUUCGAGUACGAAGCGGAAGAGUUCCUUGUCAACUUGGCCUUGCUGAUUACUGAAGGUAGAACACCAGAAUAUUCCAUCAAAGGUAGAACCGAAGGCUUCCACUGCCCUCCAGCCCAAUCGGGUCAGCCAGUAACAACCAAACAUGAAUGCAGCGACAAACUGGCCCAGUGUCGUCAAGCUCGACGCACUAGGUCUGAGGUCACGUUGCUGUGGAAAAAUAAUAUUCCUAUCAUGGUAGAAGUGAUGCUACUUCCAGACUGUUGCUAUAGCGAUGAAGGGCCAGCCACAGAAGGGAACGAUUUAAAUGAUCCUGCAGUCAAGCAAGAUGCCUUGUUACUAGAGAGAUGGAUUUUGGAGCCAGUUCCACGACAAAGCGGCGACCGAUUUAUUGAAGAGAAGACCCUCUUAUUGGCUGUCCGCUCUUUUGUGUUCUUUUCUCAGUUGAGCGCUUGGCUGAGUGUUUCACACGGCGCAGUCCCACGCAAUAUUCUCUACAGAGUAAGCGCGGCGCACGUAGACCUGCAGUGGACUUUUUCCCAGACGCCAACAGAGCAUUUCUUCCCCGUUCCUAAUGUUUCUCACAAUGUGGCCUUGAAAGUCAGCGUCCAGUCCUUGCCGAGACAAUCUAACUAUCCAGUCCUGACGUGCAGCAUUCACACCAACCUCGGUUUUUAUGAAAAGAGGGUAGAAGAGCGUGGUGGACAUCAGCACUGUGAUUCCAUCAGGGCAGAGCAAUGCAAUACGCCCGCCUCGCAGCACUUGUGCGGCAAACUGCUGUGGCCCGAAGGCGUGCUCAGUGCCAAAAAAGGCCCUGAGCUCGGCACAGCUGUCAGAACCCUGAAAUUGUUUCCACCGGCCAGGCUUGGAUCAGACUUCAGGGCAUCGGAGUCUAACCUCCAGUGCUAUACAGCUACCGUUGAGAAUAAGAAACUAUUGCAGGAAACCUCAGAAAGAGUACUAAAGCCUUUGGCCGACUCCUCCAAUGGCUACUCUUUCUGCCAUUCGUUAGGAGAGUCUAUUCCAUUGAUAGGCUCUUUACUCCAAGAGCGGCACGAGGUUAUAGCAAGGAUCGCCCAGCAUUUGAUUCACUGUGAUCCAGCAACGUCACCUAUUAUGGGGCGGCCGUUCAACGGGAACGAAACGGGUUUGGCUAACUCAAAAGCCACACGCACUGUGCACGAAGAUGAAAGUUUGCUGAGAAAAGGCAAGGAGCUGUCCUCUGGUUCUAUGGCUAACUUACAACUGGCUUCAUCCGAAAACAGCAAUAUAGGAAAAACCCGAAUAAUACCAGAAAUUCCGCUCUCCAACUCCCAGAGUCCAGUGACCCAGCGCUCCCGUCAAACCAUAGAGGAAGCUAACCCACUGAUAAGUUCUUUACUUCAGGAGCGGCAGGAGGUUAUAGCUAGGAUUGCCCAACACCUGAUUCACUGUGAUCCACCAACUUCGCAUGUUACUCAUCCUGUGUUCAACGUGCAUGAAAUUAGUUCAGUUAAUCCAAAGGGUUUUCAUAGUUCCUGUGAAGAGGACUGCCUGCCGAAGAAAGGCAGGGAAACUUUGUCAGAUCCCUUCUCUACUUCAAGGUUGAGUUCUUUGGAAGACAACCUAAAAGCAAAAGGCAAAACACCAGCAACCCCUCUGAGUUCCUUUAGAUACGAUGUCGAAUCGAAGGUAUCUCCAAAACCCCAAGCAAGAAGAAAAUUGCUUCUUGCAGAGCCCAGUGAUGUAGUCCAAAAUACAUUUCAGCCGUCUCCUUCUGGUAGAAAUACAAAUCCAAUUACUUUUACGAUCCAGUCAUGUAAGAAAGAAGAUAAUAGAGCAGAACUGGCAGAUAAAUUAGAAGCGGUACUUUCCGGUUCUCCCCGUAAGCCCCGAGCAGUAUACAAAGGUAUUGCCAAGCAGUGUUCCCCUUCCAGUUGUAGCGAUGAACUGAUUUGCACAGAUAAACUUAAGGACAGAACAAUCGCUAGCGAAAACGGCAACACAGACUGUUUAAACAAUCCAUCGUCAGACUGGUCUAGAAUACUUGAAAAUAUUAAAGUGACUGUAAUGCAGGCACCUGACAGUUUGCACAAAAGCGAGCCGAAGCGCUUAAGCCAAGACUCUAAACAACCAAAUAUUUGCGAGCAGAACUCCCAGCUCACUAGUAUUGAAAACUAUUUGCAUAAAGACCACGAAAGUUUCCAGUGCAAAAACAAGCAAGAAAAAGUGAAAAACGCACACGACGAGAACAAAGACCCGACAGACUAUGCAAUCCAAAAACGUUUGCAGAAGAAACCCGUAGAAGACGGCUCAGCUCCUGGUGAACAAAAGAGAAACGAUGUGCUGAGAGCAAUACCACUUAAACAUGUUUGGCGGAGAAACAAUUUUCACCAUUUGGAUGGGACUUCCACCAAGGCUUUCCAUCCUCGAACUGGAUUGCCUCUACUUUCAAGCCCUGUUCCUGAAAGGAAAACACGUUCUGGCUGUUUCGAUCUCGAUGCGUCUCUGUUACAGUUGAAAUGUCUGUCCUCCAAAAGUCCACAACAUUGUAUAAGCAAAGAGAAUGACCCAGAUGGCCAUGAGAAACCAUUUCUGAGUUCCAGUGCACCACCUGUAACAAGUCUUAGUCUCCUUGGAAACUUUGAGGAGUGCGUGCUGAACUAUCGUUUAGAUCCCCUGGGUGUUGUAGAUGGUUUCACAGCUGAAGUGGGAGCAAGUGGCGUCUUCUGUCCGACACACAUGACUCUUCCAGUUGACGUUUCGUUCUACAGUGUUUCUGAUGACAACGCCCCCUCCCCCUAUAUGGGUGUAAUUGCUCUAGAGUCCCUUGGUAAAAGGGGUUAUCGGGUACCUCCUUCAGGAACAAUACAAGUGACCUUAUUUAAUCCUAACAAGACUGUGGUGAAGAUGUUUGUGGUGAUCUAUGACUUGCGAGAGAUGCCGGCCAAUCACCAGACAUUCCUACGGCAAAGAACCUUUUCUGUCCCCGUGAGACGAGAAACAAAGAGAAGCCUCAACAAAGAAAACACUCGGCGUUCUGAAGACAGGCUUCUUCGCUACCUCAUUCAUCUGAGGUUCCAGAGUUCUAAGUCUGGAAAGAUCUACCUCUACAGAGACGUAAGGCUCCUGUUCUCUCGGAAAUCCAUGGAAGUUGACAGCGGCGCCGCAUACGAACUCAAAUCUUACACUGAAUCUCCAACGAAUCCUCAGUUUUCGCCCAGAUGCUAGUGAGGACGAACCGUGCAAAAGUAUUGUGGGAUUACAUUUUAAAAGAUGGAAAGAUUUGGCAUGAGAUUUAAGGUUUAAGUAGAGAAGCAAGUGAGAAGGUGGUCGAGUGAGCAUUGAGGCUGUUCUGGGCUCCUGGACCAGUUUUUGGAAAGGCUUCUGAGAUGAGCAUUUUUGUGUAUUCCAAGUAGACUGGAACAUACUUAAGUCCUAAUCUUUUUUUAUAUACUGGUUUUAAACCACUUCAUUGGAUGUGUUGCAAUAGCAGAUUCCCAAAUUAGUUUUAGUG